GCUGCCUCCACUGACACCGAUGGGGCAAGGGGCUACGGGCAACAUGGGCAGCAGCAGACGAAGCUGGGAGCGCAGAGAAUGCGCUUGGGUCAGAUCGAGAAGCUGCGGCCUGCGGCGAGACGGCGCCUUGACCCUGGGCUCUCCCGAGGCGCGGUGCUGGAGGUUGAUCGCCGUUAAUCAUCAACCCCGGUCCACCGAUGGUGACCCUGCGGGUCGGUGGCUGGGAGGGAACUCCGCAGGUGAAGGAGGAGAGCUAUAAAGGAGGCCGCUGCACGGAGCGGCCCUCGUCUCUGGGUGGUCGCGCUGCCAUCGCUCGCCGCACCUGCAGCUCCCAGCGGCGCCGAGUGAAGGAGUCGCGCGAGGAGUCGCCAUGGACAAGCAGGACCCGGCGACCCAGGAGCUGCUGGCGAUGGCGACGCCCUCGUCCGUCCAGCGGCUCGUCAACAAAGACGGCAGCAGCGCGCUCACGUCGAGCGCGCGGCCCAGCUACCUGCGCCGCUACCUGCGCGACAUCUGGACGACGCUGGUGGAGAUGCAGUGGCGCUACAUGUUCCUCGUCUUCUCGCUCACCUUCAUCGUGAGCUGGCUGCUGUUCGGCUGCCUGUGGUACCUGCUGGCGCUGGUCCGCGGGGACCUGGACGUGGACCCGGACGACCCGCCACCCAACCGCACGGUGUGCGUCAAGUACAUGGGCAGCAUGACGGCCGCGUUCUCGUUCGCGCUCGAGACGCAGCUCACCAUCGGCUACGGCACCAUGUACCCCAACGGGGACUGCGUGGAGGGGGUGGUGCUGCUCGCCGUGCAGAUGCUGCUGGGCCUCAUGACGGAGGCGCUCAUCACAGGAGCGUUCGUGGCCAAGAUCGCGCGCCCCAAGCUGCGCGCCGGCACCAUCCGCUUCAGCGGCGCGGCGGUGGUGUGGGGGGGCCGCGGGGAUCAGCGCCCCCGCCGCCGCCUCCUCGCGUUCCGCGUCGCCAACCUGCGCCCGUCGGCGCUGCUGGACGUGGCCGUGACGGCCGUGCUCUACCGCUCGCGGCCGGGCCGCCCGCUCCGCCAGAGCGCCGUCAACUUCCAGCUGGACCGGCUGGGGGCCCGGCCCUGCCCCUACUUCCUCUUCCCGCUGACCUUCCACCACGAGCUGGGCCCCGACAGCCCCCUGCUGCCGCUGCUGCGAGAGCCGUGCGGGCAGGAGAAGUCGCCGGUCGAGCACUUCGAGCUGGUGGUCUUCCUGCAGGCCAUGCAAGAGGGGAGCGGGCAGAUCUUCCAGAAGCGCACAUCCUACGUGCGCGGCGAGAUUCUGCUCGACGCGUGCUUCCGCCCGGUGAUGUCGCUGGGCCCCGACGGGACGUACGCCACCAACAUGGCCUGCUUCGACGAGACGGCGAGCCACGGCGUCGACGGCGUGGCCCUGGAAGGCCUCGACGGCGACGAGACGGUGUGAGGACCUCCUCCACAACGGCACCGACCGAAGAGAACACAAACAUCAAGGGCGUUGUCUCUCCAUUGCUCUCUUGGUUGUUUUAACCGGCCGGCAACUCAGAGGCAGAGAGAGAGAGGAGAGAGAAGAGAGAGGGUGCCGAUGUGAUGACCUAGGUCACGUGCGAGCUGCCAGGACUCUGAGAAUGCAGGUGUAGAGAUGGGCAAGUUGAGCAACAUUCACCAUGGCACCGUGCGUGCACCCAACCACACAUCAAACACUCAACCAAACAUACACCCAGCCACAGACAUCCACCCAGCCACAGACAUGCACUCAGCCACACAGACAUACACUCAACCACACAGACAUACACUCAACCACACACACAUCCACCCAACCACACACACAUCCACCCAACCACAGACAUGCACCCAGCCACACAGACAUGCACUCAGCCACACAUCCUCGUGCGUGGUGGGGGGAGUGCGUUGGGAGGGAGGGGGAUCAAAAUAAUUAAAUAACUCGAUUGCCCGGCCUUUUUUUUUUAUCUAAUUUCGAGUUCUGUAACUAUAAAUAAAUUCUGUAAAAGGCACGGAUAGCGGCUGAUGUUUACGGUUAUACUUAAGGUUUAAUUACAUCAGAUAAUUGAAAAACUGCAUUCAUAAGUCACUCGUGCAACAUUUAUGACGAUGCAAACUCCACGGCACCCACAUUACUGCCACACUUCACAGUCAAGGCAGCGGAUUCAUUAUGUACGGUGCGAAAGAAGUUCAACACACAUACACAUCAAUUUGCAUAUUUGCAAAAGAAAAGCGCAUGUCUAAUCUUAAAAACGUGAAAUGCACACAUUAUGUUACAAUUAAAAGACUUCGAUUAUGA